UGACGCAGUGUCCGUCGGGAGAGUUUCACUCUGCGCUGCAGCUCUGCUGCCGGAACACAACAAUGGCGACUCCCAGUCCGAACAGCAACUCCAGUAGCUCGAACAUGGUGGGAGCCACAUCACACCAGCUGUACCAACACACACAGAGCAGCAGUAUGCAAGAGACCAACACCUGCUGGAGAUGUCAGAAUGAAACAGGGUUUCAGAUAAACCUGUCUGGAGUGACUCAAAGUAAACGUAAAGCUCUGAAGCUGAACUUUGCCAACCCACCGGUAAAACCCACCUCCAGGCUCCCACUCCAUCCCACGCCUCCGUCUUUCCAGAACCCUCACAUAGAGCGCCUGCGCACACACAGCAUCGAGUCAUCAGGAAAGCUGAAGAUCUCGCCGGAGCARCAUUGUGACUUCACUGCAGAAGAUCUGAGAGACCUUGGUGAGAUUGGUCGUGGGGCCUAUGGCUCCGUCAACAAGAUGGUCCAUAAACCAACCGGCCAGAUUAUGGCUGUAAAGAGGAUUCGCUCCACCGUGGAUGAGAAGGAGCAAAAGCAGCUGCUCAUGGAUCUGGAUGUGGUGAUGAGGAGCAGCGACUGUCCUUACAUCGUCCAGUUCUACGGCGCCCUCUUCAGAGAGGGCGACUGUUGGAUCUGCAUGGAGCUUAUGUCUACCUCAUUAGACAAAUUCUACAAAUAUGUAUAUUGUUCAUUAGAUGAUGUCAUUCCAGAGGAAAUUUUAGGCAAAAUAACAUUAGCUACUGUUAAAGCACUGAACCACUUAAAAGAAAACUUGAAAAUAAUUCACAGAGACAUCAAACCUUCCAACAUCCUAAUGGAUCGAAGGGGGAACAUCAAACUGUGUGAUUUUGGUAUCAGUGGUCAGCUGGUGGAUUCUAUAGCCAAGACAAGAGAUGCAGGCUGCAGGCCUUACAUGGCUCCUGAAAGGAUAGACCCCAGUGCUUCCAGACAAGGUUAUGAUGUUCGCUCUGAUGUUUGGAGCUUGGGAAUCACUCUGUAUGAGUUGGCCACAGGACGAUUCCCUUACCCCAAGUGGAAUAGUGUUUUUGAUCAGCUGACCCAAGUGGUGAAGGGAGAACCUCCCCAGCUCAGCAACUCAGAAGAGAGGCAGUUCUCCCCCAAGUUUAUCAACUUUGUUAACCUAUGCCUUACAAAGGAUGAAUCUAAGAGGCCAAAGUACAGAGAGCUUCUGAAACACCCGUUUAAUCUGAUGUACGAGGAGCGCUUCGUGGAUGUGGCCACYUACGUGUGUCGCAUCCUGGAUCAGAUCCCCUCCUCCCCCAUCUCUCCCAUGUACGUGGACUGACCCCAGGACCCCUGUUAGAAACGUACCUACGUGUGCGGUAUACCGAGCUUUGUGAUGCAACUCUUGUCAUUUUAGCUGUUGUUUACACGUUCCAAAGAACAAACAAACAAAAGUCAAAACCUCACAGUGCAAUGAAAUCAGUACAAAUAAUCUUUUCCUUCAACCAUCACUUUAUUGUAAAACCCAAACUCUCAUCAUCCAUCAGCUGGCAGAAACACUUGAAACAGUAUUGUUKUCUUAGUAAAACACAACUUUGUAUGUGAGAAAAAUAAUUAGAUUAAGCAUAUAUGGAAUAAUAUACUUGAAACUUGUUCAGAAAAACAGGACUUAGUAWUGAAAUGUUUUGAAGCUCAUGUAUGAACAAACAACAGAUUGUACAUUGUGUUUGUGUUUUCAUGUACAGAUGCAACACAUUUUCACACAAGCUGUUGUGAGCACCUUUCCCACAUGCUUUAUCAAAGAUUAUGCACAAGUUGUUUGUUUGUUUGUUUGUUUGUGCUGGACAGCUGAUUGAUUUACCCAGAACGCAGUCUGUAAGAUGUUGUUGGAACAGUUUUUAGUUUCCUCACAUCUGGUUCUGGCCUCAGUUUGUGUCUUGUUUUGUUUUGUUCGAGUCACACAGGCACGCAGUUUAACAAUGUUUAUUGUUUUCUAGAUUUAUUAGCUGUAAUCUUAAUAUUUUGGUAAGUUGUUAGGAGAGGGUCGUUGUUUCAGUGGUGAUACAGAAUGGGAAUUCUGGCCUGCUGGCUGUUUGWCUUUUCAUCAAUCACAUAAAUGAACAGUAAAAUGUGAGAAAUGUAUAAAAUAGCUGAAAAUAAUUAAUUUGAGACAGUAAAACAUUAAACUACAGUUUCUAUAAAACAAUGCAGUCAGUAACAUUUAAAUAAUGAAACAAGCGUUUUUUGAAGAAAUGCAGAUUGCUCACUGCCUUGCAUGGUAGUUUUAURCAAUAAUGUUGCUCCAUACGUUAGUGCUCAGAGUAUAUUUUGGGGAUAACUCUCAGCUACUACCACAACAGAUGUUAGCAUCUGUAAAGCUAACCUGGGCUCGGUGUUGUUUGGUAAGGUUGUGGCAGCCAUUUUUAAUUGAACGUUAAACGAACAUUCAUCAGCUGCAGAUGCACAUUAAUGAUUACGUUUAUUUAUUUACAUGUGCUAUUCUUAACUAACUUAGGUUGAACAAGGACUGAGCUUUUCUCGCAAAUAAAACAUUUUUACAUUUUAACCGUUUAAAUGAAUGCACAAAAUAUUAGCAUUUAAUAWAACCGAUAAAUAAACUGAGUUUUAGCAAAUAAUACACCUAAAUCUGGUUCCAACUGAAAUUAAAAUAAUUUUUUAUUGUCCUAAAAAUACUUUCUGGACAAGACAAACAGACUAUGUUUUAUUCUGUCAGCUUGGCUCUGUUGAUCAGUGGACAUGUUCUCAGAUGAAAGUUUAGUUUUGUGACUAAAAUAAAAUGAGGAACAAACUGAUGCUUCUCCAAUCCCUGUUGUACUKUUCCUUUUAAUAUGUUUUAUUUUCCACUGAUGUACAUAAAUAUGUAAAUAAUGACCUGUUUCAACAGUCGGGAGGAGAAGUGGCUGCACACAGGAUCUAUUUAACUGUUGCUGUAUCUCUGUGACUUGUCAACAACUCAGCCAGCGUAUAAAUCCAUCAAGCUGCCAGAUUCAGCCUGCAGCAGGAGCUAAAGUCCUGACACAAAGUUAAAUAAAUAAAAACAACAACUGUAAAUUCUGCUAAACACAUCUCAUUAUGUUCAACAGAAGAACUGUAAAAACAGGAGGAAACUCACUCCUCGUCUCUAAAAUCACAGAACUCAGCAUGUCUCUGUGGUCUGCACUCAUCGUGGUUCAGUUUCACCUGGAAGGACCUCUCAUAUCCUGGACUUAUUUUAUCUGGAACUGUUGGCCACAAAUCAAUAUUUUCCACUAAGAAAGCAACAGGCCACCUCUCCCUCUGAACGCUCAUAGAGUAAGCUGCCUAACCAAACUGAACAAAUGGUUUUAUGGAUCCUGUAAAAACCAACACAAAUACAUACUUUAUUGGAAAAAA